CGGUUACGCAAUCUAUUGUUUUUAAAAGUUUUAUUGGAUGUGAUUGGUGGAAAGACUCGUAUUUCUCGGAAAUAUAAGACAAUACACCCAAACUAUUUUACUACGUUGCUCUUUAUUUAAAUAGCAUUAGUGAUAUUUCAAAGACAUGUCUAACGCGCCAAGAAAGUUGAUAAAUGAAAAGGAAUGGCAAGAAAUAUUUACUGAUGUAUUUUCUGAUCUUGAAGACAAAGAGUUACAGGAACACGCUCGUUCACUUUUCGAGCCGCCAGCACCAAUAGAAGCGAGGGGAAAAUUAAAAGCUUCAUACACCUGCCAUGAAUGUUCUAAACGAUGGACAUCAUACUACUCAUAUAUGCGUUUCACAUAUAGGCUGUUGGAUAGGAAGCAAGAAAAGUAUGGUGAAGUCACCUUUUUUGCAAAAGGGCAAAGGUGUAACCGUUGUCCCAAGGAAGAUUACACCAUGCCCCUUUGUAGGGCAGAGUCUAUCGAAAAAGCGCUCUUACAGCUGCUAGAGGAAGUUAAGGGAAAGUAUUACUACAAACCUGGUGAGCAAAGAAGUAUUGAGGUGGAUACUGAGACACGUGAAAGCGAUUAUAAACCAAGAAAGAGGCAUGAUACUGUGAACUGCCAGGCUUGCGAAGAAGGUGUCUGUAUGGCACGAGAUGGGAGAAGAAUCAUAGACGAAACCUCUAAUACCGAGCACAACUCUGACGGAAGUCAAGCAUCUGAUAGUCAAGGUUGGAAAGAAAAAGAAGAAAUUCAUAGCAAAUCAGGGAGUAGCGUCCCUGUGCCUCCAGAAAAAAGGCACGACUGUGCUAAUUGCGAAGCAUGUAAUGAUGGUUCUUGUUCAGGAAAACGAAGUAGGCGAUGGUCAACGCAAUCCUCACAAAGCGAUUCCUCGUUUAUCAAUAAAACAACAAAUCUAGCCCUAAACGACAAGAAGGGCAACUCAUCGUCCCUUCGACCACCACGACCACCACGAAGGAGAAAACUGUACAUCCAGUGGUAUUUCACCAUUCGCACCUAAAGCAAAAGUGCAAGUAUCUCUAAACUUCAAUGAAAACAGUUCUUCUAAAAUUAGUCAAUGUUCCGGUGAUGUUUGACUAUGAAGUUGUAACCUGUGAAAAUUUUAUUGAAAAAUAUAUAGUUAGAUAAAGUAAAA